GUUGCCGAACGUGUACGGAGAUAGCCGAAGAGGUGAAAGGCGGGGCCACAGGAGCCCUUCCUGCAGGGAACCCAAGGCUUCAGAGAGCCGAAAGGUUGGGAGGCGUAACCACUCACAGGCCGGAAGUGUCCGGGGCGGAAGCGUUCGGGUAACCGAAGAAGUACCAGGAUUUCCGAAGCGAGCCGAAGCAUCGCGACAGUUUUCAGAGAGAGCGGGUCGGUCGGAGCUGUACCGCCGAGCACAGUCAUGGCGGCGGCCAGACCUGCUUCCCCGGACGAUGGCGAGGAGCCCGCGCCAGAGGCUGAGGCUCUGGCCGCGGCCCGGGAGCGAAGCAGCCGCUUCUUGAGAGGCCUGGAGCUGGUGAAGCAGGGCGCCGAGGCGCGCGUGUUCCGCGGCCGCUUCCAGGGCCGCGCGGCGGUGAUAAAGCACCGCUUCCCCAAGGGCUACCGGCACCCGGCGCUGGAGGCGCGGCUUGGCCGGCGGCGGACGGUGCAGGAAGCGCGGGCUCUACUCCGCUGCCGCCGCGCGGGAAUAUCUGCCCCAGUUGUCUUUUUUGUGGACUAUGCUUCCAACUGCUUAUAUAUGGAAGAAAUUGAAGGCUCAGUGACUGUUCGAGAUUAUAUUCAGUCUACUAUGGAGACUGAAAAAACUCCCCAAAGUCUCUCCAACUUAGCCAAGACAAUUGGGCAGGUUUUGGCUCGAAUGCACGAUGAAGACCUCAUUCAUGGUGAUCUCACCACCUCCAACAUGCUCCUGAAACCCCCCCUGGAACAGCUGAACAUUGUCCUCAUAGACUUUGGGCUGAGCUUCAUUUCGGCACUUCCAGAGGAUAAGGGAGUAGACCUCUAUGUCCUGGAGAAGGCCUUCCUCAGUACCCAUCCCAACACUGAAACUGUAUUUGAAGCCUUUUUGAAGAGCUACUCCACCUCCUCCAAAAAGGCCAGGCCAGUGCUAAAAAAAUUAGAUGAAGUGCGCCUGAGAGGAAGAAAGAGGACCAUGGUUGGGUAGGAAAAUGUGUAUGACAGCCACACACAGUGAAGCUCUUUUUUCAAAGUAAAUUUGAAGAAAUACUAAAAGUAUGAGAUGAGAUCUAAGUAAAGGUGUUAAGAUAUUUUUAAGUGGUGUGUGAUCGUGCCUGUGGUGUCAUUAUCAUCUGCACUUCACUCUACUCAAGAGCUUACUAUGUGUCUGAGUCAUGUUCUAGGCAGAACUGGGUAUUUAAAUCUAGGACAGGCUUCUCCCAGAUUGUGACAUGUAUGUCUCAGUUAUAUGGGUGUGGCAUUGAACCACAUAAUGAGAAUGUUACUCUCUUUUUAGUCCUUGUGAGACAAGGAUGAAGUCUCAGUGAUACUCACUGAGCUUACUGGCCCUCUAACCCAGUGUUUUUUUUGUUGUGUACAUGAUAUAUUUAUUUUGAAACCAGUUUAAUGGGAUACAACCAGCAUUUUUUAAAAUGAAAUAGAAUUGCAGCAUAGAAAAUAUCAAUGUAUUGUUUUAUGAAACUUUCACAUGUAUAUGUAGACAAGGAUAUGUACUGAGUUUUGAUGUCAAAUAUAUUUCUCUUUCAGGGUCAUGAUCAAAAAAUGAAAAAUCUGCUUAACUCCAAUUUCUCUUUUAAAAAAGCAGACUUACAGCUUUCAGGCAACUGAAAUUCAUGUUAACAUUGUUUUUAUUUUUAUUGUUUUGUAUUUUUGUGGUUACCUUCUAAGACAAGUGAUUGAUAUAAAGUUCCUUUUAAGUUUAUACAGGUAAGCAAACUGAGUUGAUUUCUGUCACAGGCAAUGAGUAGGUAGAGCAAAAAUGAUGAAGUGACUUGUGAAGACUGAAGUUUGAUGAAGUCUGGUUUAAGGUACAGAUAAGCUGAGUGUGGAUGCAAAGGUACCAGGAGCUAGCUUUUAACCUUGCCCAGCCUCAAUUUCUUUUCUUAGAAGAAGCUGUGUGUGGGUGGGAAGGGAACGGAUGUAUAAUAAAAUACCUUUCUUCCUUGUAAACUCCAAUCAACAAACAUAUUUUGAGUACCUUUUACGUUCCUUGGCACCCUGUUGGGUGUUGGGUACAAUGGUGAGCCAGACAGACAUAGCGCCUGUUCUUUUGUAAGAAAAUUUAUUUUUAUAAAAAAUUAUUAAGUAGUGUGAUGUUUUGAUACACAUUAUGAAAUGAUGACUACAGCCGAGCUAAUUAACACCCAUCACCUCACAUAGUUACUUUCUUGUUUCUUAAUAUAGACAUUUACAGCUAUGAAUUUCUCUCUGCACACUUUUCAUCACACACUCUCAGUUUUGGUAUUUUGUGUUUUUGUUUUCAUUAAUCUCGAAGUAUUUUCUAAUUUCCCUUGUGAUUUCUUUUUUGACCACUUGAUUGUUUAGAAAUCUGUUAAUUUCCACACAUUUGUGAAUGUUCCAGUUUUUCUUUUGUUACUCAUUCCUAGCUUCAUUCCGUUGUGUUGAGAGAUGAUACAGUCAGUGCCUGUUCUUAUGAAGCAAACAUUCUGUAAUAGUAGGACCAGUACCCUGUUUGUUUCGUUCAUCACAGUCAGCACUCCCCCAGUGUCCAGCAUGGGGUGGAUGGCCAGGAAUGGUGAAAACUCCCUUCCUGGGUAGUUGUGACUCGUAGAGAGGAAAAACAGUAUCAUUGCCUGUUUACUGCAUGUCAGGCAUUGGGCUGGGAAUUUUUAUAUUGGAUCUAAAAUAACUCUUAAGUUAAGCGUUGUCCCCAUUUUAUAGAUGGAGAAACUGGCACCAAAAGGUGGGAACUUGUCCUAGACGUCACAGGUAGCCAAAGGUACUUUUACUUGGCUCCAAAUCUGUGUUCUUUCCACUGACAAAAGAGAUAUGGGAUAUGGUGCGUCUUCACAGUACUAUAAGAAGUAUUGGCAUAUAACAUUAUUUUCAAGGAACUCCAAGGACCACAGGAGCUGACAAGUUUUUCAAUUAAUAUUCCCAACAUGAAUGAGAUGCCUCAUUCCUCAGUUUCCUCACAUGUACUAUAAGGCUAGUACCUACUUUGUGGGGUAUGGUUGGCUUAUGUGCAUUAAAUCAACAAAGCCCUAGUUGAUAUGGUUUGACUGUGUCCCCACCCAAAUCUUAUCUUGAAUUGUUCCUGUAACCCCCACGUGACACGGGAGAGACCUAGUGGGAGGUAAUUUAAUCCUGGGGGCGGCUACCUCCAUGCAGUUCUUGUGAUAGUGAGUGAGUUCUCAUGAGAUCUGAUGGUUUUAUAAGGGGCUUUUCCCUCUUUUUGGCACUUCCUGCUGCCAUGUGAAGAAUGAUGUGUUUGUUUCCCCAUCCGCCAUGAUUGUAAGUUUCCCGAGGCAUCCCCAGCCAUGCUCAACUGUGAGUAAUUAAACUUCUCCUUUAUAAAUUA